AUGUUGGUGACAGGAAAGAGGAAAGCAAAAGAAAACAACAAGGCACAGCGAGAGGCUGAAAACAGUAUCCGGAGAAGAAAAGAAGGCUUUGGACAUGGUAUGGCAAUGGCAAUGGCACAUGGCACAUGGGAUAUAUCCAUCUUGAGCAGCACUGCUGGGCUGGGCUGGGCUGGGGAGGCAGAUUCAAGCUUGCUUCACGAUCGUUAUUUUUGUUUCUUUACCUCUUCUUGCUCUUUGCUUCGACCAGACUAA